UUUCUUUUCUAUAAAAUCUAUUCAAAAUAGUCAAAUUAUAAUCCUGUUGUGCACUUUUUCAGGAACUUCCAUGUCUGGGUGGAGUGCUGGAUGAUGCGCCCUGACUUGGAAGAAGGCUUUAAUGGCUGGCAAGUUAGUGACCCAACUCCCCAGGAGACCAGUGAAGGUAUCUAUUGUUGCGGACCAGUCUCACAAAAGGCCGUCAAGGAAGGAGAGUUGACCACAAAGUACGACGCAGCCUUUGUUUUUGCAGAGGUUAAUGCAGAUUAUCUCGACUGCAUACUCAUGUCAGAUGGAAGACUUGUCAAGAAAGGUGGUUCAACCAAACUUAUUGGAAAACACAUCAGCACUAAAGCAGUGGGCGUCGAUGAGAGGAAGGAUAUCACCCAUGAGUACAAAUAUCCUGAAGGCUCAGAGGAGGAGAGGCGUGUCUUUGAGAAAGCGAAGCAUCACAACAAGUUAGAAAAGAGUGGGGAAGAGCCUGGGCUCCACCUUAAAAUCAAGCUGACAGAGGAGAUGACUCUGGGUUCAGACUUCGUGGUGAAUGCGCUCCUCACUAAUAACUGCAUGGAUGUGAGGAACUGCGUCUUCCAGUUCUCGGCCAAAGCUGUUUGUUACAACGGCAAAAAAGGAGAGGAAUGCUGCUUUACUUCAGACAAAGUGGAGUUGUCCCCUGGAGAAGAAAAACAUUACUCCCUCAAAGUAGAGUACAACAAAUAUGGACCUGUGAUCACCGCCGACAGAUUGAUCAAACUGUCAGCCGUCGUCAUCGACAAGACAACCGUAGACAUCUCUACAGCUGAGAGGACCAUCAUACUUGAUGAGCCAGACAUAGAGAUAAAGCUGCUCGGAGACAUCCAAGUCAACAAUCCAGUGACUGCAGAACUGACCUUGCUCAAUCCUUUGCCAGAGCCUCUACAGGACUGUAGCUUCACUGCAGUGGGAGCUGGGCUCACUGACAGCAAACCUAUAAUAAUCAAGAUUGGCACCGUCCCUCCUAAAGAAGAGGCCAAAGCCAGUGUUGAGUUCACUCCCACCAGCGCUGGCUCCAAAGUCCUCCUGAUCAGCUUCGACAGCGACAAACUCAAAAACAUCAAACUGCACAUCGACAUUGACGUGAAGGAAUGAGAACUGACAAU